ACACCGCGGAGCUUCGCGGACGCGCGCGCGUCCCUUUCGUAUGUGUGUGUGCUGUGUGCGCGCGCGUGCGUGCGUGCGUACGUGUGGUGCGUGCGAAACAGGCUAUAAGGGAAGAGAAAGAGAAGAAGAAGGGGAAGAAAAGAAAAGGGAAAGGAUUAGUAAAGGGAAUAGAAAUUAUUGGACAGUGCGUAGAUAACGUGUAUUUCUUUUUUUUUUUCUUUCUAAGACAAUAGAGAAAUAAAAGUAUCUUUUUCGCGUUAGAGAAAAAUCUUGUAGAAAUGAUAGAGAUCAAACAGGGAGGGUUCUAAUUCGCGAAGAAUAACUAAAUAUCGUUGAUUAGAAAGGAGAACAAAAAGGUGCGACGUUUAUCGUGACUUUUGGGUUGAGACAGAAAGAAAUAGAAGAAAGAGAGAGAGAAGGAGAGGGAAAAAGAGGGUCAGAGUCAGCGAUCUCUUUUGAUUGUUUGCCAGGAACUCUUCCGAGUGACAUAACGCGCGAGCAUUCGCGAAGGAAUUUCACGUUCGAGCUCGAAUCUCCUUCAACGAGCUCUUUGUAAACGAAAACGAAAACGAAAGAAAGAGAGAUAGAGAUAGAUAGAUAGAUAGAUAGAUAGAUAGAAUAGUAAGAAGAAUGAACAGUGAAGUAAAAAAGAACAUAUUAUUAUAUCGGUGAGAUUCUCUCUCUCACCGAUAGUAAUUUUUGUUUCGUUUCUUUCGAAAAAUCUUUAGUUUUAGCUACACCUGUCUCUUUUCUGCAGUUGUCCAAUGAACAACCACUAUUACCACGACCGAACAACUACACGCGUCGCGUAACCGCGUGGAAUUGGCUACUAACUUCGCGCGAGUGAAUCGUGGCUGAGGAUUGGUCACUCGUUAAUCGUUGUCAUUGCCAUUGGUGCGCUUUCUCUUUUCUCCAAUUAUUAAUCACUUUUUUGAUGCGAUCGUAAUAUAUACUUACAUAUGAAAUAAGGAAGAGAAUUUCUUCGUUGAUUUAUAGUUAUCGAAACGAUCAAUUUCGUAGAAAUCAAGAAGAUCGACAGAUUUUUUCUAUCAAAGUACGGGUGGACUUAGAAAAAUCGAAGACGGACGUGCGAAGACGAGAACAAUGACUAUCGCGUAUCUCUUUGUGCAAACCAAACGUACGAUUAAACGAACAUCCAAGAUGACGAUUACUGCUCGUCGAUGCUGAAAUAGCUAUGAAGUACUGAAGAGUCUUGUACUCGAGCUAGCGGAUGAAGAGAGUCGCCAGUUAAGAUGAGAGUUCGUAAAAGUUGAAGGAGAAAAAGGAAAAUCUACACAACGAACAGCAACAACCUGCCUCGUCCAUUGCGACCAGCCACAUAUCUCACGUUAAGAUGACAUAGAAUGGGUUGGGUGGUGCUAGGGCGGUGUGCGGGUGGUGGUGGCCGCCUCUCGUCCAUCCUCUCGCUGUCUCUCACCUCCCUUGCAAGUUCUCUCAUCUUUACCAUCCUCUGUAUCCUCACACUUGCCCUCACUCUUGCCAGUCUCGUUCGUGCCGAAAACAACAUCUUCGAGGAGGGCAAAUCGGACAAGGAGAUUCUGGACGAUCUGCUGCAGACGGCGCGUUACGACAAGCGGCUUCUGCCCCCGGUCCAAGAUGCGGAUUUCUGCUGCGGAAUGCAAUGGCCUGGUGACACCACCGGCCUGGCAAACCGGUCGUCGACCUUCUCUAACGACCCCAAGAACCAGAACAAGAACCAGAACAAUAUCCACUACACGCCGCACCAACACCUUCGCACUCACCUUCGCGGAACCUUGACCGUCAACGUGAGCGUGUUGCUGCUGAGCCUGGCCUCACCCGACGAAUCCAGUCUGAAAUACGAAGUGGAGUUCCUGUUGCAGCAACAGUGGUUCGAUCCGCGGUUGCGUUAUAGCAACAGAUCGCGAUACGAAUUCCUUAAUGCGAUACACCAUUACGACAAAAUCUGGCUACCGGAUACGUAUUUUAUAAUGCACGGCGAUUUUAAAGAUCCCCUUAUACCGGUUCACUUCGCUUUGCGAAUAUACCGCAAUGGCACCGUCAACUAUCUUAUGCGGCGUCAUCUAAUCCUAUCCUGCCAGGGUAGACUCAAUAUCUUCCCAUUCGACGACCCACUGUGUUCAUUCGCUAUCGAGAGCAUAUCGUACGAGCAGACAGCGAUCACGUACGUUUGGAAGAACGACGAGGGUACGUUACGAAAAAGUCCGAGCCUGACAUCAUUGAACGCUUACCUCAUUAAGAACCAGACAAUCACGUGUCCGAUUAAAGUAAGCUGGCGAGCUGAAGGACAAAUCAUCGACUACGAGGACGAGUUCGAUGAGUUCGGGGACUCUAAGUGUUCGCUGUGCCAGCGCAGGUUUGAGGAGCAAGGUAACUACAGCUGCCUGAAGGUGGAUCUAAUCUUUACUCGGGAUCGUGCCUUCUACUUCACGACGGUCUUCAUCCCGGGUAUUAUUUUGGUCACCAGUUCGUUCAUCACGUUUUGGCUCGAAUGGAAUGCUGUACCGGCACGCGUGAUGAUCGGCGUAACGACGAUGUUGAAUUUUUUCACAACGUCUAACGGCUUCCGAGGAACGCUGCCGGUGGUUUCAAAUCUGACCGCCAUGAACGUUUGGGAUGGCGUGUGUAUGUGUUUCAUCUAUGCAAGCCUUCUCGAAUUUGUCUGUGUGAAUUACGUCGGCCGCAAACGACCGAUGCACAACGUUGUCUAUCGUCCUGGCGAAAAUCCCGUCACCCAGCGGCUUCCAGCGGUGCUCAGCAGGAUAGGGAUUAUAUUGGCCAGCCCUUUGACCCUGUCGCAGGGUAAAAAGAAGCGAGAGGGUGGACCUCCAACUGGUGGUGGAACGGGACCGAACGAGAUCGUUACUUGUACCAACUGUGGCCCAAAUCCAUGCACGCACACAGCCACCAAUGGUUGCACAGCUGAGAUACGAAAGAAAGAACCACCGCAUCCAAUCAGAGUGGCAAAAACGAUCGACGUGAUAGCAAGGAUCACCUUUCCGGUCGCCUACUUCAUGUUCCUUACAUUCUUCUUCAUCCAUUAUAAGGGCAGCUCAUAGAGCAGACGAUGAAAAAUGGACGAUUGAUUGAUUGAUUGAUUGAUUAAUUGAUUGAUUAAUUAAUCUUUGACUAUAAAAAGAAAUCGAAAUGAUCUAAGAGUUCUUCGAUCGUGAAAUAUUAUUACUGCGACGAAGAUAACGACGAUUACAAUUACGAUUACGAUUACGAUUACGAUUACGAUGAUGACAAAAACGACAAUAUUUGUCGCGUGUGUUAGCAUCUCUCUCUCACUCUCUCACUCUCACUCUCUCUCUCUCUCUCUUUCUCGUUUAACAGGAGGAUGCCUUUCAAUGAUUGACCAAGCGUGUCUCGUUAAAUAUGUGUCCGGCCAAAUUGUGAGUCGAGAGUAAAAGCGAAAAGAAACAAAAAAAUAAACAAUGCAUAAGAUUACAAAGAAACAAACAAAAAUACAUAAAUAUAUAUAUA